AUGGCCCAAGGCAAUCCCAGUCGCAAGAAGCGUUUUUCUUUUUUCGGGAAAACUCGUUCAGAGGCUUCCGGGUCUGAUCCUUCAUCGCCCGGUCAAUCCCGCGGAGGACAUUUCGCCUCAUUUAGCAGCAAGGCCAAAGAUCUUGUCACUCGACGUGCCGGACAACCCAAACCCUCACAACAGAAUUCUCCCUCGGCAGAGGCAACAGAGAACUCUGCGCAGCUCACGGCAACCAAAGAGGGAGCCAACGAGCUUCAGGACACGAGCGCUAACCAUCCUAAUGUAUCGCUCAAAGACCCCCCUCCUGAUGGGAAUCGUAAUAUGUCCACCUCAGAACAACGUGCUCAACUACAUCCCAACAAACUUCCCGAGGCAGACAAGUCCAUGAAUGAAGGCCAGGCGGUCCACAGCGCCGAAUUGAAUAACUCUGACACCAAGGUGACUAACAUGCCUGACUCGGACAAGGUAACGACCCAUUUUGUUGAACCAAAUGACUCCGCAAUCCAUGCAGAUAGCAAGCCUGAUUCAGAAGGGGUAGAUGCGGCUCGCCUACUUGCUAGACAGGAGGUUGCCGGGCUAAAACCUAUUUUUGGGCCUGUGCAAGCUGUGGCAUCGAGUAUCAACGAUACAGGAGACCCGAUUGCUGCAGUCGACUACGUCACUCCGUUACUUGGAACAGUUUCCAAGUUCAAUGACAUUGUUGCCAAGAUUGCCGAGAUCCAUCCGUACACGAAGGCAGCGUGGGGUGUCUUGUCGGUUGUGCCUAAGGUACCUAUUUACGUGCACCAAUACUAUCAUUUCUCAGACAACUCGCGACGAGUCUCUCCGGCAACUCCUCUCAAAAAUGGAUGA